ACAGGAAGCUCAAGAGAAAUUAAUACUGAUCAUUCCAAAAAAUAUUUUCCCAAAACAAGAUGUCUGCUCCCAUGAACAGGUGCCCGUAAAGUUUGCACGGGAACAGAUCAUAGAACUUUGGGCCGUAAUGUCGAGACGUAUUGGAAAUCCACGCAAGAAACGGAGGGUGUAUGUGAGUCGUGAACCACCUUUUCCUGUUCCCAUAGCAACUAUCACAGGGGAGACUGCAAAUGACAAAACAUGGUUUUACUACACAGGAGAGUUCCAUGGUAGCCAUGUGGUAGUAAGACAUUCUGGGGAUGUUGAUUUUCUUUACAAAAUGGGAUUCUUUGGAAAAGGUUCUCUGUCCAAGAGCAAACCUGAUUUCAACUCUCGUGCAAGGACCGUCAACAUUCCAGACGCAUCAGGGGAGACAACUAGAGUUAAACUUGCAAACAGGAGAAGUUACAUUCGUCAUAUGAAGUGGAAAAGGUUGGAAAUGCAGCAUGCUGGCGGUGAAAUAUCACCAGAUGACCUUGUGGAAUAUGACAGCUCUCUGGAGGUUUCCAUCCAAGAUGAAGAGAUGAGUACUAAAGAUGAACUUGUAGCUGGUGAUAAGGAAAUGAAUGAACAGCCUAGCCCAUUAAGAACACUUUCAGUAGGUCCUACUGUAGCUGCUAACUGGAAAGAUACAGAUGAGGAAUUCUGGUCAUCUCCUGCGGAAAAUCUGAAAAGAAAUUUCCAAAGUUCUAGUAAAGAAGACUGGGCUGAAACAGAUGAAGAUUUCUGGGGGAGUGCUCCUUCAGGUCAAAGUGAAAGUAAACAUACUGACCAUGCAAACUCUAUAGAAAAUGAAAUUGACGCUAGAUUACCAUCCAAAAGUGAAGGUGCAGAUGUUAACAAUGUAAUCAUUGCGGAAACUGAAAGUAGGUUAUGUUGUAAUAAUAACACAUCACUGGAAAGUGAAAGUAGUGGAGCUAAUAAUAUAACAGUGGAAAGUGAAAGUAAAAUCAAUGAAAACUAUUCUGAACCUUUACCUUUGGACAGGCGGAAAAAGUCAGAUGAAAAUAUUUUUGUAAAUGAAACUCACGAAUCAGGUAACCAAUCAGAUGUGGACAAUCAGGGAUGUAAUGUACCAGAAAUUUGUUCGUCAUCUCACGAUGUUGGUGAAGAUUUAGAGAAGGGUGUCGAAAAAGAACCCGACCUUCCGCUAGAUCAGCUUUGUGAGGAAGACGAGGAUGAAGGAGAUGUGCUGGUCGUAGAAGAUUCCGACAGCGAUACUGAAGGGCGUUACAGGAAACUUUCCAAACAGAGAUGGCUUCCAGUGCUUAAAAAAGAUGCAUACCCACUGAAGGAAUUUCUUCACCUUAGUCUUGAGGAGGCCUUCUUCCUCAGCUAUGGAUUGGGCUGCCUCAUUGUGAAAGAAAACGGAAAGACGCUAGAUCUAAGUACGAUGUGGAUGAGGUUCUGCGAGGCUCAACAAAACUUUCUGCCGAACUAUGUUGUAUACCACUACUUCAGGAGCCUGGGAUGGGUCCCCAAGUCAGGACUCAAGUUCGGCACAGACUUCAUUCUGUACAAGGUUGGGCCACCAUUUUAUCAUGGCAGCUACUCCGUGGUAGUCAAGACGAUCAACGAAGAGGAAGUCAAUGCUGUGCCAGAGGUCACAGGGGUUGAAGGUCGUGACUUUUCCUGGAUCAGUUUAGCAGGACUCAAUCGUGUCACAGAACAAGUUGCUAAGGAACUGAUGCUAUGCUAUGUGAUCAGACCAAGUGAUCUGACGACAGAGGAGCUGAAAUCUCCCAAAUGUCUCUCCAGGUUUAAAGUACAGCAAAUAACAGUCAAUAGGUGGAUCCCAUCUCAAGAACGACAAGAGAAAUUUGUGGAGGAAAUGCCAUAGACACAAUAAAUAAAAUACUCAGAAAC